AUGCAAACUAUGCGUAACCUGAACUUAGCGCAUGGCAAUGUUCAGCGAAAAAGCAGGAGUCAGACGAGAGGAAAUGAGACUGGAGCUAAAGACUCAGUAAAUAAAGAGUGUAGAGAGAGCCAUAGACAUGGAACGGAAGUAAAUAGAAGCAGGGAAAGCAGUGUCAGAGGAAGAAGUAGAGAGAGCAGUCUUCAUCGAAAGAAGAGAUUUGGACGGGAGGGAAAUGUGGAAUUGUUGCAGACCGCAUUGAGCCAUAAUCAUCAAAUGUCUUCCAAGUCGACAUCGUCGACCAAUAUGUCAACAAGAAAGAACAUAUCUACGACACACGAGACUACUCGUCCACAAAUAAGAAAGUGGAAUUCAUAUACAUCAGCCAACUCUGAUUCCGGCCUUUCUCCACUUACUGUGAUUCGAAGCCAACCGGGUGAACAAACAACAAAACAGCUUCUGAAUCCUGACAACUCAUUUAGAAGCUUGAGUUUACAGGGAUCAAUAGAGCAGGAAGGUACUCAGGGAGAAUUAGAGGAUACAGAUACGAAGUCCAGGGGUGAAGAAGUUGACGGGAAGAUGUAUAUUCUGCCUUCUUCAAGUUCAAGUCAACCUGCUAAUAAAUUGUACAAUAAAAUUAAUCUGAUUAUUAAAAAAGCACAUAAUAGUAUGAAUUCAUUGGUACCAAUCACUUCAGGUUCAAAAGAAAUUCAGCCAUCUAUGAACUCUGGUAACAUUUCCAAUUAUCAAAGCGAAUCUGACGAUGACACAGAGACUCAAAUUGACGUCUGGACCCCGCAAACUCUAGACCUGCCCGAAAUUAGGCCAAAGGAUGCAAACAAACUAUGGAAUGAAGCAAGCGACUUUCAAAACACAUUGAUUAACAAAUUCAACAUGAAUAUCAACAAUUAUGGAAAUGAGAUCCCAACCAAAUUUGGAAGAGUACAACAAAAAGUUUUGGACUUUAAAGAGCUUUACGCAUCUGAGCCUCCCUCGGUUCAGCUGAACGGAAACGUCCAGUCAUACGAUAUCAAAAUUCAACAUGAUACAUUGAUGAAUCAAUAUACUUCGAUAAGACUUCGAUUUGGCAGCAAAAUAGCAUCUGGUAAGGGCCAGCUCAAGACAGAUACUGGUAUCCUAGGCUUUAUCAACAGAAAGCAUCGUUCGAAUAAUAUGGAUAUUCAAAACGAUAAAUACAAACCUUUGGAUAAUUUGGAACUCACUCCGCGUGAAAGAAUCACUAUUGAUAACAAGAGUGAGUAUGUCGCAUCAAUGUGGAAAAGAGCCCUCAACAGCUCAUUCAACCGUGAGCCACCCCAGGAUCCUACUACCUCUGAAUUAGAAACUCAGGAUGAUGAUGAUAUCUUUAGUAAAGAAACUUCAUCUCUUGACUUAUCAGCAAUCGCUAGAGGUGUCAAGUUUAAUCAGCUUUAA